CAAAUCUUGAAAUUCCAAUUUCUGAUUUUUCGAGUUUUGUUUCUUAGCUUUUCACUUCCCAAAGAAAAAAUAUUCAAAAUUUUCCAAAAGUAUUAAAUUCAUCCAAUCCCUCCGAUUUCCAUCUCCUAUCAUCAAUUCCUCUAUAACAUUGUACACGCCUCGAAUUAUAUUGGUUUCCGAAAGUAUUAAUUCCGAUCCGACCUGUAAAAUUUUUACAUCUACCCUCAAUUAUUUCUAACACUAUAUAUAUAGUACAAAGUUUUCUCAAAUAAGUUACAUCGCAGUAAAUGAGAAAAACCGAUAUGGGCCGAGUUAAUUCUCUUACAAGUCUAAUAUUAUCACUUUCCGUGAGUAUUAUUCUGUUUUCCGGCCACCCUACGUCGGCGGAGCUCCGGCAGAACUUCUAUUCAAACAUAUGCCCCGACGUCGAAAACAUCGUAAGAAGCGCCGUUUCAAGAAAAGCCAGCCAAACGUCAAUUACCAUCCCGGGCACGCUUCGGCUCUUUUUCCAUGACUGUUUUGUUUCGGGGUGUGAUGCGUCGGUGAUAGUGGCAUCGACGGAGCGGAACACGGCGGAGAAGGACCACCCGGACAAUUUGUCACUCGCCGGAGAUGGGUUCGACACGGUGAUCAAAGCCAAAGCCGCCGUGGAUGCCGUCCCACGUUGUAAGAACAAGGUUUCUUGUGCUGAUAUUCUUGCAUUGGCUGCUCGUGACGUCAUUGUCCUGGCUGGUGGGCCCACGUAUCCGGUGGAAUUGGGGAGAUUGGAUGGGUUGAGCUCCACGUCAGCAAGUGUGAAUGGGAAUCUGCCUCAGCCGAAUUUCAAUUUAAAUCAGCUUAAUUCCAUGUUUGCUUCUAGAGGUUUAACACAAGCUGAUAUGAUUGCUCUUUCAGGUGCACACACUCUAGGAUUCACACACUGCAGCCGAAUCACAAACCGGAUCUACAAUUUCAGCUCCGCGAACCCGGUCGACCCGACCCUAAACAAGCAAUACGCGAGCCAAUUACAGGCUACGUGCCGGAGAAACGAAUCGGAUCCGAGAAUAUCCGUCAACUUGGAUCCAACAACUCCUGGAAUAUUCGACAAUGCCUACUUCGAGAAUCUUAUCCAAGGGAAGGGAAUCUUCACUUCGGAUCAAGUUUUAUUCACGGAUUCAAGAUCGAGAAAUAUUGUUACUAAUUGGGCUUCGGAUUCUCGGGCUUUUAAUGAUGCUUUUAUUCGGGCUAUUACUAAACUGGGUCGGGUCGGAGUCAAGACCCAAGGAAACGGGAAUAUCCGUUUUGAUUGUGCAAAGUUUAAUUGAGAUUUUAAAUAAAUUCAAAUACUACUAUUUGAAUCGGGUUUAGCGGGUUUUCAAUAAAUAAAUAAAAUAUCGAUUAAUUUUAUCA